GUAUGUGAAAGUCAAUGUCAUUUCUUACUGUUUGUUAGAUAGAGAAGAAAAAAAAGUAGUUGUACAAUUUACAACAUGUAGUGUGGAGAUACAGCCAGAUAGAGUCGAUCAAAAAAGAGAGAGAGAGAGAUAGAUAGAAGGAGAGAGAAAUUAAGAGAGUAUUGGUGUAAUCAAUAGAGGUAUGCUUUUGGGCUCAGAACUGCAAUUAAUGCUCCUUUCAUUUUGAGACUGUUGCUUUUAAUUGGCUUUACCCCAAAAGAAAAAGAAAAAAAGAAAAGAAAAAAUAAGCCUAGUGAGAGAUAAUAGUAAUAUGAAGAGUGUAUUUUUUUUCAACUCUACUUUCAGGUGUCUUUUGAUUGAGGAUUAGCUGGAGGUUUUGGAGGUGUAGAUUCUUCUUCUUCUUCUUCUUCUUCUUCUUCAAUCUCUCUCUCUUUCUCUGUUCUUUUGGUGUCCAUUUCUUGAAGAUCUGCUUUGUUGCUUACUUUUGGGUGUUGGGGUUUCUUCCAAUUUCAUUCAACUGGUUGACUUUGGAUUUGGACAUUGUGGGGUUUUGUAAAAGUUAAGUCUUUGAGUCUUGGAUCUUAAGUUCCGUCUAAGGUUUUUUCCCCUUCAAAUGUUAACUUGAAUUUCUUCUAUAAUAUUCUUGUUCGUUGAAAUUUCUCACCUCAAGAACCUGAAAUUGAUUGAUUGAGUAUUUCAGUCAAAGAUUAUUGGGUUGGUGUCAAUCUUCAAAAAAGGGCAAAAUUAGGGUUUCUUUGAUCUGGUCUAUUUUGUAUAUUUUUUAAUCAAUUCUUUUGAUACCAGUAUCUGGUCUUUGUGUUUUUGGUAAAGGCAAAUGCUUUAGGACUUUCCCUCCUUAAGUUAGGGUGCAUUUGAUUUUUGAAAGCAAAGGUUUUGAUUCUUGGGGGGGGGAUGCUUUUAUCUUGAUUCCUUUGCUUUUCCAGAAGUUAGGGUUUGGGUACUAAGCCUUUCUUUUUCUGGGGUUUAGUGUUAGAUGGGCUAAAAACUAUUUCUUUGUCUUUGGUGAAGCUUUGUUCAGUCACUCCUUUUUUGGGUCCUCUCUGUGAUUGAUUAACACACAGAGAAAGAAAAAAUAAGGUUGUAAUGCAUCUUUCACUAUGGAAGCCAAUAUCUCACUGUGCUUCUCUGAUCUUGGACAAAAAGAGCAGAAAGAGAAAUGGGUCUAACCAUACCACUGAAGAGGUAAAGAAAAACCCAUCUGUGCUGAAAAAAUUGCAAGAGCAUAAGCUGAGGGAGGCUCUUGAGGAAGCAUCUGAAAAUGGGUCUCUUGUUAAAUCUCAAGAUGUGGACUCCCUGUCAGCACAGAACCAAGAUGAAGGCUUGGGCCGAUCCCGGUCACUCGCUAGGCUACAUGCCCAAAAAGAGUUCUUGAAAGCCACUGCUCUUGCUGCAGAGCGCACUUUUGAAUCUGAGGACUCCAUUCCUGAGCUAAAUGAAGCCUUUUCUAAGUUCUUGACCAUGUAUCCUAAGUACCAGUCCUCGGAAAAGAUUGAUGAGCUGAGGUCAGAUGAGUACUCUCACCUUUCUGGCUCUGCACCUAAGGUAUGUCUUGAUUACUGUGGAUUUGGGUUGUUUUCAUUCCUUCAGAGUGUUCAUUACUGGGAGUCAUCUACAUUUAGCUUGUCUGAGAUUACUGCUAAUUUGAGCAAUCAUGCUUUGUAUGGGGGUGCUGAGAAAGGCACUGUGGAACAUGAUAUUAAGACUAGAAUUAUGGAUUACUUGAACAUCCCUGAGAAUGAGUAUGGUCUUGUUUUUACUGUGAGUAGGGGCUCGGCUUUUAAGUUGUUAGCUGAAUCAUACCCUUUUCAGACCAACAAAAAGUUGUUGACUAUGUUUGAUCAUGAGAGCCAGUCGGUUAACUGGAUGGGUCAGUGUGCCAGAGAGAAAGGUGCCAAGGUUUAUAGUGCAUGGUUCAAAUGGCCUACCCUCAAACUAUGUUCAACUGAUUUGAGGAAGCAAAUUUCGAACAAAAAGAGGAGAAAGAAAGAUUCAGCUACUGGUCUCUUUGUUUUCCCAGUCCAAUCUAGAGUUACUGGUGCCAAGUACUCAUACCAGUGGAUGGCACUGGCUCAGCAGAAUAAUUGGCAUGUGUUGCUUGAUGCUGGCGCUCUUGGUCCAAAAGACAUGGAUUCUCUAGGAUUGUCUUUAUUCCGGCCGGACUUUAUAGUUACUUCAUUCUACAGGGUGUUUGGUUAUGACCCAACUGGAUUUGGAUGCCUUCUUAUAAAAAAAUCUGUGAUGGGAAGCCUUCAAAAUCAGUCGGGGCAUGCUGGGUCUGGUAUAGUAAAAAUUACUCCUGUUUUCCCCUUGUAUUUGAGUGACUCCGUUGAUGGUUUCCCUGGAUUGGCCGAGGAUGAUGAAGCGGGAGAGGACAGUGAAGCAAAUGCUGAAACUCGGCCAGGAUCUCAGUUGCCAGCCUUUUCUGGUGCUUACACUUCUGCUCAGGUCAGGGAUGUAUUUGAGACGGAGAUGGAGCAUGACAACAGCUCCGAUAGGGACGGAGCAAGCACGAUAUUUGAAGAGACUGAAAGCAUUUCUGUUGGGGAGGUAAUGAGAAGUCCAGUCUUUAGUGAAGAUGAAUCAUCUGAUAACUCCCUGUGGAUUGACUUGGGCCAGAGCCCCUUGGGAUCGGACGGUGCUGGGCAAUCCAACAAACAAAAGAUUGCCUCUCCAGCACCCCCAUUUUGGUUUGCUGGCAGGAAGAAUAAUAAAAGGCUCUCUCCCAAGCCUUCAAAGAUAUCAAGCAGCCCAUUGUAUGACACAGGGCGGCAUGAGGACAACCAUGUGCUAUCAUUUGAUGCAGCUGUUCGGUCGGUGUCUCAAGAAUUCGACCACUUCAAGGAGAUUCCUGAAGAAGACCAAUUUGAUAAGAGAAGCCCAGAGAUCGAGGAAGAACCAGAGACCAGCAAACAGGGUCACAUGUUGAUUUCUUCUGUAAGGGGAUCUGGUCUGGACAACUCAACUUCAAUUUCUCGGCAUCAAAUCCUUGAUAAUGGAUCAAUCUCUGAGAUAUGCGCGGAGAUUAAAGAGAGUGCUAUAAGAAGAGAAACUGAAGGUGAGUUCAGGUUAUUGGAAAGGAGAGAAGGAAACAGAUAUGCAGGAGGUAGAUUUUUUGGUAUAGAAGAUGCUGAUCAGCCUGGAAGCCGGGGAAGACGUGUAUCCUUCAGCAUGGAAGACAACCUUAAACCUCGCCUGAGCCAUACACUUGAGCCUGGGGAAUUGUUAGCGACAAGUUUGGAUGAUGACGAGUACCUUAGUGAUGGGGAUUAUGACGACGGGCAAGACUCAGACAGGAGAGAACCCGAGAUAGCAUGCAGGCAUCUUGAUCACAUAAACAUGUUAGGUCUCAAUAAAACUACUCUCCGGCUAAGAUAUCUCAUCAAUUGGCUAGUUACCUCGUUGCUUCAGUUAAGAUUUCCUGGUUCAAAUGGGGAAGACAGUUCACGGCUAGUUCGCAUCUAUGGUCCGAAAAUCAAAUAUGAGAGGGGUGCAGCUGUUGCAUUCAAUGUGCGAGACAGAAACAGGGGCCUCGUGAGUCCUGAAAUAGUUCAGAAAGUGGGUGAGGCACAUGGUAUCUCUUUGGGCAUUGGUAUCUUAAGUCAUAUACGGAUCUUAGACAGCCCAAAACAGCAGCAACGAUCUCUGAGUCUUGAUGACACUACCCUUUGCAAACCAAUGGAAAAUGGCAAGCAUGACGGUAGAAGUGGGUUUGUCAGAGUCGAAGUUGUCACUGCUUCACUUGGCUUCCUCACUAAUUUUACUGAUGUCUAUAAGUUGUGGGCUUUUGUGGCUAAAUUUCUUGACCCUGGCUUUAUUAAAGAAGCUGGACUCCCGCCUGUUGCAGAAGAAGACACCGAGGCAUGAAGCUGGAGGCUGGUUUAAUAGCUUUUGCUCCUUUUGUUCCUUACCUAAGAUGCAGGGAUGUAUCGCCGACAGUGGGUUCACUCUGAUGAAAGUUCAGGUGCAAGAGAAACAAUGAAAAGGUCUGAGAUGUAUUCUUUUGCCCCCCCCCUGUCUCUUUUUCGAUGCAUGUGGGAGAAUUUUUUUCAUUCUUGUUUUUAAUUGCUUGAAUGUUUCUUUCUUUACCUUUUUUGGAGUUCCUGUAGAGUUGGGAGUUAGAAAUCUGUAUUUUCUCAGGUAGUCAUGAAUCAUGAUGAACCAAAGCAGAUAUAAGCAGGGUUAAAUGAUCCCUUUCCACCAUUUGCCCUAUUGCUUCUCAGCUGUGUAUAAUGAUCAUUCAUGCUUGCUCAGUCUAUUAUACAGUCUCUUGUCUUUA